AUUCUGAAGAAUGAAUACAUUUUUGAUGUGAUAGAAGAAGCUCAUGAACCACACGUGAAAAGAAGCAAGCUACUGUAGCGGCAGAAUUCAGGUCAGCCCAAAAUUACUCACCGCCUUGCUCUUCAGGGGUCCUGCCCGAUAGAAUCACUGACGUAAGAGAUGUCACUGGCGUUUGUUUGACAGCGGCGAUCUCUCCUGAUUUCAAAUAAGAAACACAGUUCUUGGUGAUUUCUUACUCUUUGGAGAAGAACAAAUUUCAGUGUCAAUUUAUUCAAUUGACCAAACGUAAACAAACAACCCCUUUAUUUACCGAGGAUGUCAAACAACACUGUGCCCACAGCUGCUGGCGGGAAGAAAAUCGUCUUUACAGGCGGAUCUGGCAAAGCAGGUCGUCAUGUCAUCCCGUACCUCAUCAGCAAAGGCCACAAAGUCCUGAACUUGGAUCUCGUCCCUUUCCCGGACCCAUCAGUUGAUGUCUACACUCUCAAGACAGAUCUGACAGAUUCGGGACAAGUCUUCAAUGCACUGACUUCUCAUUUUAAUAUGACUGGAUAUAGCGAAGGUCCAGUCCCAAGUGCUCCCGAUGUCGUUAUACAUUUUGCUGCUUAUGCGAGAAACAUGCUCGUACCUGAUUCGGAGCUCUUCCAGGCAAAUGUCCGGAGUACAUACAACGUCAUUGAAGCAGCCUGCAAACUUGGAGUCAAGAAGAUACUCAUUGCGUCUUCGGAGACUACGUACGGUGUCUGUUUCGCCCAAGGAGAUGCAGAUUACCAUUCGUUCCCACUCGAGGAAGACUACGAUGUUGAUCCAGAAGACUCUUAUGCACUCUCCAAAAUCUGCGGCGAGAAAACUGCCCGAACAUUUGCACGCCGCUUCAAAGCCGACAUCUAUGCCUUCCGAAUCGGCAACGUGAUCGAGCCUCAUGAGUACGAGAAGGACUUCCCUACUUACCUGGGCAAUCCCUCGUCAAGAAAACGGAAUGCAUGGAGUUAUAUCGAUGCUCGAGAUCUCGGUCAGAUUUGCGACCUGGCAAUCAAGAAAAGCGGGUUGGGGUUCCAAGUUUUCAACGCCACUAAUGAUACGAUUACUGUCAGAGAUUUGACGACGAAUGAAUUUUUGGCUAAGGAGUGUCCUGAUGUCAAGAUCACGAGGGAAUUAGGUGAGUUCGAGGCUCCUCUAAGUAACCGGAAGAUCAGAGAGGUCUUGGGGUACAAGGAUGUACAUGAUUGGAGGAAAUAUGUCAAGUAAGGUCGUCUUCUUUCGAAAACCUAAGUAUUUGGUCAAAAACUUUGUAUGUAAAAAUCUAGAAGCUUGCUGUAACUCUCAU